UUGACAUAAAUUAUAUUGUUAUUAUUUUUUUUUUUCAGAUGUACAAGGAAAAAUGAAAAGGUGCAUUAAAAAUCAUAACUUUGGGUUGUGUGUGUAUUGUCUAUGUCCUUUUGGUGGAAGAGGAAUGCUUGUCACCUACUCAUUUCCCUCUCUACUUUCAACUCCCCCAAUCCCUUCCUUCACUUCUUCUCCACCUUUCUAAAAAACAAUUAAGAGAUUUGAUCUUUUUUUUCUUCUUUCUUCUUUCUUCCUCUGUUUCUUUACAAUAACACAGAACAAAAAUGGAGGAGGAGAGACAUAAAUGCAGGCUCUGCUCUCGAAGCUUCACCAAUGGGAGAGCGCUAGGUGGUCACAUGAAAGCCCAUUUGGCCACUUUCUCCAUUGAACAUCAAAAAACCUUCAAAUCACCAGAUCUAGAAAUGCUCUCUGCUAAUGGCUCAAUCUCCAUUGUUCAAGACAGAGAGAGCGAGACCGAGUCAAAGAAUCCAACUAGGAGGCGCUCUAAACGGACUCGGCGAUUAAACACCGAGUCGUUGCCGUCGCCGUCGCCUGAGCCAGCUAGUUCCAUUUCCGACACCUCCCCAGAGGAAGAUGUCGCCAUCUGUCUCGUGAUGCUUUCGAUGGAAAAGCCUUCUUCCUGGAAAGAUCAAAGUCGGACGCCGGAAUCGGAAAAAUCAACUGCGGCGAUGGUGGGGAGGGUGAGGAAGAGUUUCCGAUGUGGGAAAUGCCGGAAAACUUUCCGAUCGAACAGAGCUUUGUUUGGACAUAGGAAAGUUUGCAGAAAGGAAGGGGAAGAAGAAGAUGGAGAAGAAGAAGAAAAAGGGAUGAUUAAUGGAGGUAAUUGGAAGAUCUUCAAAUGUCCUUAUUGUUGUAAAGUGUUUGGGUCUGGACAAGCUUUAGGUGGACAUAAAAGAUCUCAUAUACAGGGUUCAAUAAGAACCGCCAUUGAUAGGAGUUCUAGCAAGCUUGAGAUUGGCUUGGAUCUCAAUUUGCCAGCUCCACUGGAAGAAGAUGAUUAUAGUGUAGUUUCUGAUGUUUGAUCAUUGAUGAUAUUUUUUUCUCUCUUUUCUAAAUAUUAUUUUGGUUUAUAUGCUUUACCCCAAUUCCUAUAUUUUCAACUUUGUUCAAUUGAAUCUCUGUACUUACAAGUCUUUAUUUUGUUACCUAGCAUGAGUGUAGUUCAAUUGAUUCUUGAUCAAGUGAUCGAAAUUUUAAAUAUUUCAUCCGACAAAUUGUUAAAUUAAAAA